GUUCUUUCAGGGCAGCGCAAGCCACUGUUUCGCAUUCCAAUUUUUCUGCGUGCCGAAGUCACCGAAAAAUCGAGUGAAAAAGCUGCACUUGUCUUGGUGUCAGAAUGUCUCGCUUUUUCGCCGGUGGGUCGGAUUCCGAUUCCGAUAGCAGCUCGGAUAGUGAGCCAGUAAUUCGCGCGCAAGCGGCGCAGUUUACGUUCAGCGAUGAGGAAGAGGACGUCAAGCGUGUGGUUCGGUCGAAAAAGGAGAAGCGUUACGAGGACCUUACCAAUGUUCUCAAAAGCAUUCGGAACCAUAAGAAGAUCAAGGAUAUGGCGAGCGUGCUCUCCAGCUUUGAGGAAUUCAUGCGCGCAUACACCAAGGCCUUGCCAGUUGUGAUGAAGGAGGAGAAUGGCGUAACGCCCCGUGUCGUUGUGCGGGCACUAGCCGAAUUGGAAGACUUCAUCAGCGACACCUGGGACGAUAAGGACAGUCGUAAGAAUCUUUCGAAAAACAACAGCAAGGCGCUCGGUACUCUGAGGCAAAAGUUCCGUAAGUACAUCAAGGAUUUCGAAUCCGAUCUGAAACGUUUCCGCGAGGCGCCCGAAGAGUUUGCUGAGGAGGAGGAGGAAGAUGAUGAGCGCGACGAUGACAAGGAUUCCGAGAGUGAGGAGGAAAAGGAGCUGAGGGCACCGGUUUUGAAAGCGGUUUCAUUUAAGAAGGAGCCCGAGAAGGCAAAACCGGUGAAAGUCCACGACGAAUCGGAUUCGUCCGACUGGGGCAGCGAUUCUGAUUCGGAUAGUUCUUCGUCGGAUGAAGAUGCGAAGUACACAACCAUCCGUGAUCGGUUCCUGAAGAAACCCGAAAAGAUAACGGAGGAGGGAGCCGCUUUGCCCAGUGCGAGCGCGAGCGACGAACCCUUUAAAAAGGAGAAGAAAAAGAAAACCGCCGACUCGUUGAGCAAGAAGAGGAAACCGAAGCCGGAAGAACUGGACGAAAAUGAUGAUGAAGAAGAGGAGGGCUGGAAGGUAGUGAAUGGCACUCGUUCCGGAGCGUCCGAGCAGCCGAAGAUGUUUGCUAAGGACGCCGAAAUAACGGCCGUGUUGGUAGUAAGCAAGCUGAACGAGGUUAUGGCCGCGCGAGGCAAGAAGAGAACGGAUCGCAAAAUGCAGAUCGAGUUCUUGCGCGAGCUCCGUACGGUGGCUGAAACCAAUAAUUUGGGACCUGCAGUUGCGGCCAAGAUUCGUUUCAACAUUGUGUCAGCUAUCUUUGACUACAAUCCUAAGGUGUCGGGCCCAAUGAAGUUAGAACACUGGAGCAAGCUACUGGAGGAGAUACAGGCACUUCUGAAACUGCUGCUGGAAAACCAGGACGUCCAUCUGUCUGAGUCAGUUUUGGACGAAACUGAGGAGUACGAUACCGCUCCGUUCAAGAUCCGCGGUUGCAUGUUGACGGCCGUCGAACGGUUGGACGACGAAUUUACGAAAAUACUUAAGGAGUGCGAUCCACAUAGUAAUGAAUACGUCGAUCGGUUGAAGGACGAAGUCACGGUGACCAACAUCAUCGACCAGGUCGUGACGUUCGUGGAGCGCAUGGGUAACGAAACUGAAAUUUGUCGCAUCUAUCUGCGCAAGAUCGAUCACCUGUACUACAAGUUCGACCCAAAUGUGCUUAAAAAACGCAAGGCACAACUGCCCAGCGACACUGUUACAGCCGUGGAAGACAUGGACAAGUUGUGUCGUUACAUCUACGCGAAGGAUCAGACGGAUCGUUUGCGCACCCGCGCCAUUCUGUCGCACAUUUUCCACCACGCCAUGCACGACAACUGGUUCCAGGCGCGUGAUUUGGUCCUGAUGUCGCACCUGCAGGAGACAAUUCACCACUCCGAUCCGUCAACGCAGAUUCUCUACAAUCGCAUGAUGGCAAACCUCGGUCUUUGUGCGUUCCGCCACGGAAAUAUCAAGGACGCCCACUUGUGUUUGGUUGAUUUGAUGAUGACAGGAAAGCCGAAAGAGUUGCUGGCCCAAGGACUCGUUCCGCAGCGCCAGCACGAACGGUCACUGGAACAGGAGAAGGUGGAGAAGCAACGCCAGAUGCCGUUCCACAUGCACAUCAACCUGGAACUGCUUGAGUGCGUCUAUCUCGUGUCUGCCAUGCUGCUCGAGAUCCCUUACAUGGCUGCGCAUGAGUUUGACGCGCGCCGUCGUAUGAUCAGCAAAACGUUCUACCAGCAGUUGCGUUCCUCCGAGCGCCAGUCGCUAGUUGGGCCACCUGAGUCGAUGCGUGAGCACGUGGUAGCCGCAGCGAAGGCAAUGCGCCACGGCGAUUGGAACGCGUGUGCUAAUUUCAUCGUGAAUAAGAAAAUGAAUGUCAAGGUGUGGGAUUUGUUCUAUGAAGCGAACCGCGUCCGCGAGAUGAUGGUAAAGUUUAUCAAGGAGGAAGCGCUUCGUACGUACCUUUUCACGUACUCGAAUGUGUUCGCGUCGAUUAGCGUUCCGCAUCUGGCCGAUAUGUACAAGCUUCCGAAAAGUAAAGUACACUCGUUGAUUAGCAAAAUGAUCAUCAACGAGGAACUGAUGGCCUCGUUGGAUGACCCGACCGAGACUAUUGUGAUGCAUCGCUCGGAACCAUCCCGCUUGCAGGCCCUUUCCAUGCAGCUGGCCGAUAAGGUGACCAACUUGGUCGAUGCCAACGAGCGCAUUUUCGAAAUGAAGCAGGGUAACUUCUUCCAGCGCGGUGGCAACCAAGGUUACAAUCGUGAUCGCCAGAACUAUCGGAACCAGAACCAAAAUCAAAACUGGAGCAACAAUCGGCGCCAGGACAAUCGCAACCGAGGUAACCGCGGCAAUCAGGGCCGUGGCGAACAGCGGGAACACCGCGAGCAUCAACGUGAACAACGGGAACAGCGUGAGCAGCGCGAACAGCAACGUGAGCAGCAGCGUGAAUUUAGAGAGCAACAGCAACGCGGACAGAAUCGCGCAGUAGAAUUUGAGGUAAAGGCCGAGUAGUUCGCUUAACGAGACAUUCAUAUAAACAAAAAAUGAUUCAAACUAAAUUGCAAACAUUAAUGCAAACAGCACAACGGACCGAAGUGAAAAUAAACGUGCAGUACACGGGCACCCGGAUUAACCAUCAACCGGUGCGACACGGAACACUCUUUGUCGUCAUCUUCCGAGGUGUUUUUGUGUACUGCAGGAGCGAAUACGGUUUUCGGAUGCUU